GAGAAGGAGGUGAGGGAGGACAAGGAAGAGGCAGCCGCAGAGGAGGAAGCGCAAUAUUCCUUACCACGUGAAACGUCAAGGUCAGGCAGAGAGCAUCACCCUACGGGGCGCGGUCCUGUGAAUGGCAAAGCUCAGUGCUGGUGGGCCUGCAGUGAUCACAGUGCUAGACAGAGCAUUAGCUCCAUCAACAAGGGCUCCCAACUUCGCGUUUCGCGCUGCGCGAAGCGCGAAGUGCGAAUAAUUUCGCGCUCUCGCGCCGCCUCCCAGGGGAGAAGAGGAGGAUGAGGACUGCAGGCGAGGAAGGAAGGAGUGACGAGACGGAGGAAGCAACGCAGCACAAGUGGUCCCAUCACCAGGGCGGAACAAUCCCACCUGGGAAGGGGAGCACGGCUGCGCUCAGCACACGGAGGACCCGUGGAACGCAGCGAUACCAAGAGCGCAUCACGAGGUCCACACAAGGCCCUGGCCUGGCAGCGGACAAGUGGAGCUGCAGGCGGGGGAGGGGUGGUCGGGGAGACGGCAGUGGACGCGGAAAGGCAUCUCACCUGCUGCCGGCGAGCAGUUCCGCGGGCAGGCGCCCGCUCGCGGUCCACAGGGGCGCCCCCGAGGGGGAGCGUGAGACAACUCGCGUGCCCCAGGCCCCCCGGCACAUGAAGGAGGAGCGCCACUCGAGCAAGCCUGUCGGCUGAUCUACCAGCCAGACAAAUUAAAAAGACUUGGGAAAUUCGGACAAAGAUAUGCGCUUUCAACUCGGAGAGGGAGCGGAACGGGGGAGGCAUGAAGGGGGGAAGUAGCAGGAGGAGGGAGGAGGAGCAGGACCGAAGGCGGAGGCAGGCAGCCCAACAUGGAGCCGCUGCUGCCCUGCCAACUCAUGCAGGUCGGAGCUAUUUGAAAGCUGCCCUGGGACGGAGUGAUCACUCGUGCAUCGCCCCCCCCCUCUCUCGGUGCCAAGUUGCUCCUGAGAGCCGCCGCCGGUGCUGCUGCUGUGGAGCCGGGGACUGGCGUGCCGAUGCGCCGCUCGUGGCGCCAGCGCGGGAGGCGGAUGAGGCCAGGAACGACGUGCAUUCUGGUGGGCGGCAUGGGCUGCGACAGAGGCCGCCCAGAGGGGCAGGAGGAGGGGGGAGAGGGGGGGGAGGGGAAGAGCAAGCGGGAGGAGCAGUAGGGAGAGGACGUCUGCAGCGACACGAGAAGCACACAGAUGGGCCGACACAUACAGAGCUCAGCUCGCCGGUUC